AUGCUCGCGGCCCGCGCCCCGCUGCUGCUCCUGGCGCUCCUGGCGCUCCGCGCCCGCCUGCCGCCAGCAUCUGCCCAGAAUGACACCACAAAGGCCGGUGUGUGCCCGGACGCAGCCGCGGCGGAGGCCAACUGCACCCUGAGCUGCCAGUCCGACAGCGACUGCGAGAGCAGCCGCAAGUGCUGCCCGGCCGCCUGCGGCAGGGCCUGCCAGAACCCCAACGACAAGCCGGGCACCUGCCCGCCCAUGAAGCCGGGCAUCCCCAUGCUGGGCUUGUGCCAGGACCAGUGCACCAUGGACUCCAACUGCUCCGGGGCGCUCAAGUGCUGCCGCAAUGGCUGCGGCCACGUCUCCUGCGUCACUCCGCUGCACUGAGGCACCGCCGGUGCCAAGGGAGCCGCCGCCGCCCUCCGG